AUGCUGUUUUCAUCAUGUGGAUUCACUAGAGAAAUGACCACCUUUGAUCAGCCAAGCAAAGUCAAAAACUUGUUUAUUUGCUGCCUGUGCCCUCCACGGGUGCUGAGGCUCUGGACUUGCAGGCGCCCAAGGACAAGGAGGAAUCUGCUAGUGGGCACCGCGUGCGUGAUUUACCUGGGAUUCCUCGUCAGUCAAGUGGGUCAUGUUUUACCCCAGCACAAAGGAGGACACCAGAAGAUCAGUUCCAGAAGUCUCCGAGAUGCAGCCCAAACUCCUUUUCUGGGCAUCCCACUGGAUGGCACCCUGUCACCACCCAACUUCCAGGAACCCCAGCUUGGUAGCAAUGGGACCUUGCUGCCACCCAAUGUAGUCUAUAUCACCCUGCGGUCCAAGCGCAGCAAGCCUGCCAAUAUCAGAGGCACAGUGAAGCCAAAGCGCAGGAAGAAACAUGCAACCCCUUUGUCCUAUGGGCAAUACUUUCCAAAAGCUGCUUUUAUAGGUCGGGAAGAGGCCUUUGCCCAGCAGAUGGGGAGGGCCACACGUGCUGUGGGUGCAAUGGGAGCAGCAAUAGCUCUGGAGGCAAAAAAGCACCAACUGGAUGAACGCAGGUAUAAAGGAAUAGCAAUCAGGGAGAGGGGUCACCAGAGACCUGGGGGGAUUUCUGGAGCUAUAAAGGCACAGCCCCAGCCUGAGGAAAGCAAUAUCAGGAUUUACAGUGAGAGCUCUCCCUCCUGGCUGAGCAAAGAUGACAUCCUAAACAUGCGCAUGCUGGCAGAUUCUCCAAUAGAGAGCAUCCAAGAAGUACCUUCUCACAAAGCAAUCCUGGCAGUAUUUGCAAGGGGUCCCAGCACCACAGGAACUGCUUGUGACCAGGGGCACUGUGGCAUCAUCAAAAGACCCCUCGACAUGAGCGAGGUGUUUGCCUUCCAUUUGGAUAGGAUCUUGGGGCUGAACAGGAGCUUACCUUCUGUAAGCAGGAGAUCGGAGUUCUUCCAAGAUGGCCAAGUUUGUCCUGUUAUUCUCUGGGAUUCCUCACUGAGCCCAACAGAUAAUAGUACCCAUUCUUCAGUGAGAUUAACCUGGGGGCAGUAUCAGCAGCUAUUGAAGCAGAAAUGCUGGCAGAAUGGUAAAGUUCCCAAAGCUGAGUGGGGCUGUACUGAAAUUCAUCAUCAUGAGUGGUCCAAGAUGGCGCUCUUUGAUUUUCUUCUUCAGAUCUAUAAUCGUCUAGAUAGAAACUGCUGUGGAUUCAAACCUCUCAAGGAGGAUUCCUGCAUGCAGCAAGGACUGAAGCUGAAAUGUAGCGAUCAGGAUGCUGUUGACCUGACACACAUAGUUCAGAGAAGACAUGACCGAAGGCACUUGGCCUUUAUAGACAAUAAGGGUUUCUUUGACAGAAGCGAGGACAAUCUUAACUUCAAAAUACUACAAGGAAUCAAUGAAUUUCCUGAAUCUGCAGUUUCGGUGCUGAGGAGCCAGCGCUUACGUGAGAAGUUGCUACAGUCUUUGUUCCUUGACAAAAUAUACUGGGAGAGCCAAGGAGGCAGAAAAGGAAUUGAAAAGCUUAUUGAUGUAAUAGAAAGGAGGUCCAAAAUUCUUCUUACUUAUAUAAAUGCACAUGGAGCCAAAGUACUGCCCAUGAAUGAAUGA